AUGCUCCGAGGUUGCUUUUCUUGUGAACUGGCGCCUUUCCUCACCCCUGUCUUUCGCUCUUUUUACCCCACCCAACUAACUUUUCACUCUGUCGGUGAUUUUUUUUUAUCUCUUCUAGUUUUUUCAUUGUGCUUUCUUUCACUUCUCUCAUUCAUACUUUCAUUCUUUUUCUUUUUUCUACUUGCUUUCAUUCUUUUUCCUUUCAUUCUUUUUCCUCGUUUUCUACUUACUUUUAUUAUUCUAUUUCCUUUUUCUACUUGCUUUCAUUCUUUUUCCUUCUUCUUUCAUUCUUUUUUCCUUUUUCUACUUGCUUUCAUUCUUUUUCCUUCUUCUUUCAUUCUUUUUUCCUUUUUCUACUUGCUUUCAUUCUUUUUCCUUCUUCUUUCAUUCUUUUUCCCUUUUUCUCCUUGCUUUCAUUCUUUUUCCUUCUUCUUUCAUUCUUUUUCCCUUUUUCUCCUUGCUUUCAUUCUUUUUCCUUCUUCUUUCAUUCUUUUUCCCUUUUUCUCCUUGCUUUCAUUCUUUUUCCUUCUUCUUUCAUUCUUUUUUCCUUUUUCUACUUGCUUUCAUUCUUUUUCCUUCUUCUUUCAUUCUUUUUUCCUUUUUCUACUUGCUUUCAUUCUUUUUCCUUCUUCUUUCAUUCUUUUUCCUUCUUCCUUCAUUCUUUUUACCUUUUUCUACUUGCUUUCAUCCCUUUUCCUUUUUCUACUGUUUUUCAUUAUUUUUUCUUUUUCUACUGUAUUUAAUUUUCUUUCUUUUUUUUCCUUUUUCUUUCAUUCUUUUUUUCCUUUUUCUACUGUUUUUCAGUCUUUUUCCUUUCCUAUUGUCUUUCGUUUUUCAUUACUUCGUUCAUUUCUCUUCUCUCUCAUUCACAUAAAUGGAAAAUAUUCAUUUCUUUUUCUUUACUUUUCUUUUUUUUACUUCCUCCUCUCUCUCUCUCCCCUCGUUUUUUUGUCUCCUUUUUAUUUAAGUUUUAGUACUUCCUUCUUUCUCUUUUACACUUUCAUUUUUUUUAUUUUAUUUUUUUGUUUGAUUUUUUUUAUUCUCCCUUCUUUUAUUUUCUCUCUUUUUUUCUCUCCUACUAAUUUCUUUUCACUCACGGGGGGUCCCGUCUCAGUAUGUCACGUUCUUAUUGCAAAUCCCCACCUCUCUCUGUUUUUUUCUCUCAUUUUUCCAGCCUUCUUUCCUUUAUCCAGCUUUCUUUCUCUCCUUUUAUUCAAUGUUUUUCAGGAACCAAAAAAAUCUUUCUCUUUUUUAUCCUUCUUUCUAUCUUUCCCUUUUCAAUUUCUUUCUAUCUUGGAUUUUUUCAGUUGUUUCUAUCUUUCCCUUUUCAGCCUUCUUUCUAUCUUCUCCCUUUUUCAGCCUUCUUUCUAUCUUCUCCCUUUUUCAGCCUUCUUUCUAUCUUCUCCUUUUUUUCAGCCUUUGUACCUUCUCCUUUUUUUCAGCCUUCUUUCUAUAUUCACAAUUUUUUCUGCCUUCUUUCUUUCCCUUUUUUUCAACCCUCUUUUUAUCUUUCCCUUUUCAGCCUUCUUUCUUUUAUUUUUCUCCUGGGGAAGAUUCUCCUUUUUUCAUCUUCCGGAUCCAGUUUUUUUCAGCCUUCUUUCUAUCUUCUCCUUUUUUUCAGCCUUCUACCUUCUCCUUUUUUCAGCCUUCUUUCUAUCUCUCCCUUUUUCUGCCUUCUUUCUUUCCCUUUUUUCAACCCUCUUUGUAUCUUUCCCCUUUUCAUCCUUCUUUCUAUCUUUCCCCUUUUCAGCCUUCUUUCUAUCUCUUCUUUUUUCAGCCUUCUUUCUUUCCCUUUUUUUCAGCCCUCUUUCUAUCUUUCCCCUUUUCAUCCUUCUUUCUAUCUUUUCCCUUUUCAGCCUUCUUUCUAUCUUUCCCUUUUUUGCCUUCUCUUCUUUCUUCCCACAAACUUCUUUCCCUCCUGAUUUUUUUUCCAGCCUUUUUUCUCUUUUUAUUCCAACCUUUUUUUUUUCUCUUAUUUCUUCCAGUUUCUCUUUCCAGCCUUCUUUCUAG